AUGUUCGCCAAGAUCUUUUCUAUCUCUCUCCUUGCCUCUGCUGCCCUCGCAGCCCCAGCUUCCAAGACCGUUCGCUCCCACCCCGACAAGACCGUCACCCUCACCGGAGUAACCCACUCCGUCAACGCCGGCCUCGGCGGUCUUCGCUUCGACCCCGACAACGUCGUCGCUGAGAUCGGUGACAUCGUCGAAUGGCACUUCCUCCCCGCCAACCACUCAGUUGCCCAGUCCAGCUUUGGCGAGCCUUGCAAGCCUCUUGCUGACGGCACCGGUUUCUUCGCUGGCUUCAACUUCGCCACCAUGGAAGGCCAGGCUCCUGAUGUCUUCCAAAUCGUCGUCGAAGACACCAAGCCAAUCUGGUACUACUGCCCUCAGCAGAAGGGCAACCAUUGCCAGAUGGGUAUGGCUGGUGUUAUCAACCAGAACUUUGGCAACCAGGACUUCAGCCUCCGAAGACACAAGGAGCUUGCUGCUUUGACUGGUGUUUCGGUUAUUCCUCCCGUCGAGCAGGGUGGAAAGGUUAUCCCUAACCCCAACCCCAAUGGCGGUUUCUAA